AUGCACGUCCUUGCGCCGCACUCACGUGGUCCUCCGUUUGCACCACUGCUCGGCUACCUGGAUCGUCGUGGAAGGGAAGGCAUCGCGAUCCACGGCGGCGACCUGCCAGGAGGGAUGGACGACGUGCUGUCGCAGAUCGGCGACGCCUUCCGGCUCGCCGGGGAGCUCAUGGGCGACCUCCCGGCGGCCCAGAACGACCCGGCCUACCUCGCCGCGCGCUGCCACGGCAUUGUCCGCGCCUACAACACGGCCAUACGCUUGCUGCAGAACUACGGCGUGGGCGCCGUGAACGUGGCCGCGGCUGCGCGCCCACUCGACGGCGGCGGGCCGCUGGACCUCCUGCGCCUGCGCAGCACGGAGGAAGCAGCCGGCGCCAGCCAGCUUCUCGGGGAGACUCCAACUCAUCUGCUGGAGCCAUUCCACAUGCCGGCCGGUGCGCGAGCGCCAGCGCACGCGGUGCGCGCGGCGGCGGACGUCGCGGGCACCUCCGGCGGCCCGGUGAGGAGGCUGGCGCCGUCCAGGUCUCCGCCGACGGCCCAGCCACGGCAGGGCAGGAGGAGGAGGGACAGCGGGCAGAGGGAGACGAUAUCGGUGCCGGCACACCGGAUGGGCAACAUCGAGCUUCCACCGGACGACGGUUACACGUGGCGCAAGUACGGCCAGAAGGACAUCCUCGGCUCUAGGUUCCCAAGGAGCUACUACCGGUGCACCCACAAGAACUACUACGGGUGCGACGCCAAGAAGAAGGUGCAGCGCCUGGACGACGACCCCUUCAUGUACGAGGUCACCUACUGCGGCAGCCACAGCUGCCUCACCUCCACCACCCCGCUGCUCAACUUUCCCACCGCCACCGCCACAGCCACCGCUACCAACUCUCCGACCGCCGCGACAGGCUCCGGCCUGGCCCCUGCGGACCACUUCAUGGCGCCCACCGAGCAGGCGGCCGUGUCGACAUCAAUGCACCUCGGCGUCGGCUGGAUGCCGGCAAGCUUCCAGGGCGUUGUGGCGGGCUCCGGUGCCGGCGGGGGGAGUAGCGCCGGCAUGCAGACGAGCGUGUCCACCGCAGCAAGGGACACGGAUUACCCGGCGCUGGACCUUGCCGACGUCAUGUUCAACUCCGGCGGUAGCGUCGGCAUGGACGGCAUCUUCUCUUCUCAUCAUCGACGUGAUAGCUAG